AUGACGCGUCACGCGCGUCCGGACGCGAACCGAGCGCCCAACGCGUCGCGUUCGAGGACGAUCGCGUCGACAAAGACGGCGGCUCUGGCUCGACGCUCGACGGUCGUGCGCGAUGACGCGUCGGUCGUCGUCGGCGGACGAAGACGUCGAGCGAUCGUCCCGCGCGUGUUCGCCCCGUCGAACACGCGUCCACCGAUGACACCGCACGAAGAACCCGAGCUCGUGGACCCGGAGGAGUUGCUCUUGGUGGAUGGCGAAAUCGGACCGGUGACGCGACCGGCGACGAAGGAGUUGGACGUCGCGAGAGAGGCGUGGUACGUCCGGGCGAUCUUAACGGCGGAUGUUUAUGACGUGGCGAUCGAGUCGCCGUGUGAGAUCGCGCCGAGGUUGAGCGAGCGCAUCGGGGCGUCGAUUUAUCUCAAGCGCGAGGACCUGCAGCCGGUGUUUUCAUUCAAGAUUCGAGGAGCGUAUAACAAGAUGAAGCAGCUCUCAGAGGAGGAGCGAGCGAGAGGGGUGAUCACGUCCUCGCUCGGGUGCAAGGCGAUCAUCGCCAUGCCGGUGACGACGCCCGGGAUCAAGGUGGAGGCGGUGCGACGACUCGGCGGGGAGGUGGUCUUGGUCGGGGAAAACUACGACGCCACGCAGGCGUACGCGAAGCAGCGGUCGAAGGAAGAGGGUUUAACGUAUAUUCCGCCGUUUGACGAUCCGUUCGUGAUCGCGGGUCAGGGCACGGUCGGUGUUGAGCUUUUGCGUCAGCUCCCGAGCGUUGACAUCGUCUUCGUGCCCAUCGGCGGCGGCGGUCUCGCGGCGGGUAUGGCGGCGUAUAUCAAGGCGAUUCGUCCGGAGAUUCGCGUCAUCGGUGUCGAACCUGCGGGAGCGAACGCGAUGACCAUAUCGCUCGCUCGCGGGAAGAUUGUUAAACUGAACAAGGUGGACGGCUUCGCCGACGGCGUCGCCGUGCGCGAGCCAGGUCGCGACUGCUUCGAGAUCAUUCAUUCCAUGCUUGACGGUAUCAUCACCGUAAGAACCGAUCAGAUCGCGUCCGCGAUCAAGGACGUCUUCGGUGACACGCGCUCCAUCCUCGAGCCCGCGGGUGCGGUCGCGGUUGCUGGCGCCAAGGCUUACUGCACGGCGAACAAUUUCAAGGGUAAAGUUGUCGCCGUCACGUCUGGCGCCAACAUGAACUUUGAUCGUCUUCGCGUGAUCUCGGAGAUUGCCGAUCAGGGUGGAAAGGAAGAAGCAACCUUGUUGAGCGUCAUUCCGGAGAAGAACGGCGAGUUCAAGCGAUUCGUCGAGACUGUGGGCGACAGGAAUAUUUCGGAGUUCAAAUAUCGCGUGCAAGGGGAUAACGCACGCGUACUGUACUCCAUCGAAGUUAGCGAUAUUAAGGAGGUUCAGGAGACGAUGGCGCGCAUGGAUGCGUUAGGAUUUAAGACGGUUGAUCUGUCCAACGACACCGCGACCCAGUUCCACCUGCGUCACAUGACGGGUGGCAAGGCGAGAGUCAAAGAUGAGCGCUUGUACAGCGUCGAGAUUCCUGAGCGAGCCGGCGCGCUGGGUAACUUCCUCGAUUUUAUCAGUCCGAAAUGGUCGAUUUCGAUGACACACUAUCGCGCCGACGGUGGCCAGGUGGGCAAGGUUUUGUUUGGCGUGCAAGUGACGGAGAACGACCGCGAAGAGUUCGAAAAGUGCUUGGAGCUGUGCGGCUACAAGUAUGUCGACAUGACUUCGAACGUCGCGUUCAGGACGCUCUUCGGAGACGACAAUUAG